UCUUUUUUUCCCGUGUGUCAAACAGAAUUUUCUCCGAAGAAAGCAAAAUUUUCGCUCCGUGUGUGUUAUUUUCAAAUAUUCGAAAGAAUCCGGUCUCGUUUGUGGAAAAAUUGUUUCUAAAUUAAGCGUCGAGGAUGGCCACCAGCCAGGUGCAGCAAAAUGUGUCCCCGAUGUGUCGUGUUUGCAUGGAAAUCCGGAUGGAGAUGGUGCCGCUGUUCUCCAAGCUGGAGGAUGCGUUUAUCGCGAAUAUUAUACAGGAAUGCACCGCGAUUCAGAUUCUCGAAGACGACGGCCUGCCGGACAACGUGUGCGCGGACUGCGUGGACGAGCUGCGCGGCUUCAUCCGGUUCAUCGAAAAGGCCCGUCAGUCGGACCGCCAGCUGCGCAAGAUGUUCCGGGCGGAGAUCAAGCUGGACGAUACUUACGGUGACGAAGCGAUGUUGUCGUUCGGGGAGAUAACCGUCAAGAUUGAAGAGGACGAGUAUGAGGGGGAUGAGGGUGGGAUUAAGGAGGAGCAAGAUGCGUUUGAGUUUGAGGGUGCGGUGGAUGAUUUUGACGAUGCGAACGAUAGCGAUUAUGUGGAGGAGAGCCGAGAGAGGAAGGUGGUUACAAAGUUGCAGAUUAGUCCUAUUGGGAGGGGACGAUCGAGAUCGCUGAGGGAGGAUGAUGACGAGGAGUCGGAUAAUUUUGAGGAGUUGGAUGAGAUGGAGAGGAAGACUUUUAAGGUGGUUGAAGUUGGCAGUCAGCACGUUUGCUGUACCUGUUUUAAGCUGUUUGAUAACAAGGAAGACCUGCAAGAACAUGGGAAAACGGAACACGAAGCUAGCAAGAGGAUUAACCACUCAAAGAAGCACGUCUGCCAGUAUUGUUGUCGAAGAUAUGCUUCAAUAAUUUCGUUGAAGGCUCACAUGAAGAAAACGAAUGAAAUUCAGCAGGUUUACGACUGUUUGAAGUGUGACGCUCGCUUCAUCGCUGGGUAUAGACGUCGGAAUCAUGCCCACAAUCAUCCAGGGUCGAAACCAACUCCAGCUGAGCGAUCAACCCAGGCUGUUCCGGUAGAACCUUCAGUACGAAUCUGCUGCGCCCAAAGCUGCAACCAAGAGUUCGACACCAUGGAAAAGCUGAUGGCCCACUCGGCCACCGCUCAUCGUGCGAACAAAAUCCAAUCCUCCCUCGCCCAGUACGAAAACCGUCCCGUCGAGUGUCCCAUCUGUUACAAGCGCUUCACCGACGAGAACAACCUCCAGAUCCACCAGAAGCGUGUCUACAUGCCCAAACGGCACGUCUGUUCGAUCUGUGGCCUCAAGUUCCAGACGCCGCAGGCUUGCGACCGUCACGAGCGCGAACAUCGCAACGAAAAGAGCUACAAAUGUGAGCAGUGUCCGAAGGCGUACCUUAGCUACGAUCGGCUUAAGGCCCACAUCAAGCGGCACUCGGCCAAGCGCGAGUUCAUGUGCACCAUCUGCGGUCAGUCGUACAUGCAGCGACAUAACCUGCAAGCCCACAUGCUCAUGCACGAGGGCAAGCUCCCCUUUGAGUGCGAAAUAUGCCACAAGGCGUUCCGGGUUAAGGCCAAGAUGGUGUACCACAUGAGAGUUCACUCCGGCGAGAAGCCGUAUCCUUGCAGGUUCUGCGACAUGGCCUUUGCGGACAGCACGAACCGGCAGCGCCAUGAAAUGUCCCACACCGGAAACAAGCCGUACAAGUGUGACUUUUGCGACAAGUCGUUCAUCACGAAGCGGUUGAAGCGCGAGCACGAGGGAACUCAUUCGGGGGAAAAGCCCUACCAGUGUACGGUGUGCUUUGUGUCGUUCAAGAAAUCGGCCGCCCUGAAAGCGCAUCUGGCGCAGCACAUUGCCGAGGGAGCGGCCAUGGAUGGGGUGGUUACGCUGGCGCCGGUGUAAUGUAAUGUAAAAUGAAAGUGAUUUUGUCGUGCAAACUGAUAGAAUAACAAUUAAAUGUCUA